GAUAAAUCGUAGUACUAAAAUAAGAUUAAAAAAUUUAUAAACUGCGUGACCAAACGGUUUGACGGCAAUGGCGAGCGAAGCCGCCGCCACCACCGCCGCAGCCACAGAAAAGCCAGUGAAACCACAUCCGCGGAAGCAAAACAAACAAGAGGACACAAAACGACACCGUUCGGUAUUCGAACUCCCGCCUGACUUCUUCGAUUCAUGCCGCCUCCUCCCUUCCCCUCUUUCCUCGCUGCCGGAAUUCGACGUUUUCGACGACGGCGCCGUAGAAGAAUCAAAAUCGGAGAAGGAUUCAAUCGAAAUUGAUAACGAGAACGAUGGUAAAAAUCAUGCUAAAGCUAUGCAGAGAUGGUCUUGCAACACUUGUAAGGCUGAGUUCGAGUCUCUCCCAGACCAGCGCUUUCACUUCAAAUCCGAUCUCCAUCGCUUCAAUAUAAAGCUAAGCGUUGCUGGGAAAAACAUCAUUAAAGAGGAAGAUUUCGAUGGAGCGAUGUCUGAUUCAUUGUGUCAAGACUUUGACGUAUCGAGUAUUUCUGGAUCGGAAGAUGAGGAUGAGAGGAGACAGUAUGAAUUUGGUGGAAUUUCAAAGCGUAAAGUAUUCGUACAGUUGCAAAAUGGGGAGAGAGUUUCAUUUUGGAGAUGUUUGCUACUCGAUGAGUCUGAACAUAUUUCGUUCGAAACCGACAAGUCGCUUCUCAUGGAUGUUCAUGGGGUUAUAAAUUUGACCCAGGGAGAAGUGAUCGAAAAACUGAAAUACGUUCUUCGUGAACCUAGAGAUAAUACCCGAUUAAGGAUAGUUUUACUUGCGACUGGUGGUCACUUCGCUGGGUGUGUCUUUGAUGGCAAUUCUCUUGUGGCUCAUAAAACUUUUCACAGGUAUGUUGUUAGGGCCAAGGCUGGUAAAAAGCAAUCAUCAAAAGAUGGAGGCGGUCGAUCUAUUCAUUCUGCUGGAGCUUCACUUCGUCGAUAUAAUGAGUUUGCUCUUAAAAAGGAUAUCCAAGAACUAUUUACUUCGUGGAAGAAUCAUUUUGCCGUUGCCUCGUGCAUUUUUAUAUCCGCCCCGUCAGAUAACCGACAACUCCUUUUCGAUGGAGAUAAUAAACCUUAUUUUAUCUGUCAACAUCGUGCAAUAAGAAGCAUUCCACUAACUGUCAGAAGGCCUACCUUGAAGGAAGCUAAGCGAAUAUACGGGUUACUCGUACAGAUCUCCUCCGAGAUAACUGUGGAAAAGGAAAUAGCUCCCAAUACAAAAGACGAACUAUUAUCUGAAUCCACUGAAACGGAGUUGAGAGAAAAAUUGGAGGGUGCAAAAAUAACCAAGGAAGAUUCCACUGUGACUGAAAAAGAUGGUUUGUCUGAAGAGGAGAUUGAUACAAUUGGGAUAUCAACGCCUUUGCAUGAAGCUUCAAAGUCCGGAAAUGUUGAGAAAGUUCUGGAACUUCUGGAGCAGGGUUUAGAUCCUUGCACUAAAGACGAGAGGGGCCAAACGCCGUAUAUGGUUGCUAGUGAUAAGGAGGUGAGAAAUACUUUCAGACGAUUUAUGGCAUUAAACCUUGAGAAAUGGGAUUGGCAUGCUGCUAAGGUGCCUAGUGCUCUGACAAAAGAGAUGGAGGAAUCUCAAGCUGCUAAGCAGGCGGAGAAAGAUGCAAAGAGGAAAGCAAAAGCAAAAGAGUUGAAGAAACUAAAGAAAGCUAAAGAAAAGAAGGCCCAGGCAGAAGCUGCUCAAUCCCAGAAUGCUUCGUCUACUGUUGGUAAUUCCGGAAGUACUUCAUCAGUUCAUACUCAGAAAGGGCAUUCUCUGUCUAGUAGCGGCUCUACCUUAAUGUCUAGAGAGGAGGAACGAAAAAGAAAUCAAGAUGCUGAAAGAGAAAAGAGAGCUGCUGCCGCUGAGAGAAGAUUAGCAGCAUCAAUGAAAACUCAAGGAACGGGAUUACUGGCUGAAAUAUUAUGCUCGUGCUGCCACGAUUCGCUUGCUGGAAAAAUACCGUUUCAUCGGUAUCAUUACAAAUAUUGCAGCACUUCGUGCAUGGAUCUGCACAGGGAGAUUCUUGAAGACGGGUGAAUUUGCACUGUGAGAUCCUUUUUCUCUUUCUUUUUUUUUCGUGUUUAUACGAUAUUUUUUUGUUAAUUUUGAUUUUAUUUUAUUAAAUGCCUCAAUUGAUUCUAUUGCUGCUUU